GUUGUACGUUCAUUAUUGAACAGCACUGCCUGAUUAAGUACCCUGAAAUGUGUAUAUAAAACCAAACAAGCAUGGAAUCAAUAGCCCGAGCUUAGUCGAUAAUAUCUUAAUUAAAGCCUUAAAGACAAUUGCUUUGCGUCCCUCGCUGGCUCUUGUUUCAGCUCCUUCCUCUCUCCAAAACCCCAAGUUGAUAUAUAGUUGAUACACACAAUUACUCAUCGUGACAACAUUUGCUAGUUUUAUUAGUUCAGCUGAAAGUACCAUGGCCAUGGCUAUAGAUGGAGCCCAAUUUGAGCUCGACUUUUCCAGCUAUAGCAGCAUAACCACCACCACAACCCCCACCACUUCCACCGAAAAUGACCAUGGCUGCAAUUGGAAUGAUUGGUCACCCAUGGUCGACUGGGAGGCCUUAUCAGGCGCCCAAGAUGACUUUCAAGAUCUCAUCGAUUCCAUGAUGGAUGAUGGAGCGUUAAUGAAUCAAAGUAAUCGCUUGACACCAGACACAAGCAACUCCAUGUCCACAAGUGACACUCUACUUGUGGAUGAAGAAACAAGCUGCAGCGACGAUUUGAAGGGCUUGCGGCUAGUUCAUCUAUUGAUGGCUGCGGCCGAGGCACUUACCGGUCUAAACAAGAACCGUGAUCUGGCUCGGGUGAUAUUGGUUCGGCUCAAGGAGUUGGUGUCCCCAAAUGAUGGAACCAACAUGGAAAGAUUAGCUGCUUAUUUCACUGACGCCUUGCAAGGCUUACUAGAAGGCAGUGGAAGUAUUCACAGUAAUAAACAUCUUUCUGCAACCAACAAUGGGCCUUACCAUCAUCACCAUCGCGACGAUCCUCAACAUCAUCAUCAUCAAAGUGAUGUUCUUGCGGCCUUUCAGCUAUUGCAAGACAUGUCGCCUUAUGUCAAGUUUGGGCAUUUCACUGCCAAUCAGGCUAUUUUAGAAGCCGUAGCUGAUGAUAGAAGGAUUCAUAUUGUGGACUACGAUAUCAUGGAAGGGAUCCAAUGGGCUUCUUUGAUGCAAGCUUUAGUUUCCAGGAAGGAUGGCCCACCAACCCCACAUCUUAGGAUCACAGCUUUGUCAAGGGGUGGUAGUGGUAGGAGGUCUAUUGGGACUGUCCAAGAAACGGGACGUCGUUUAGUGGCCUUUGCUGCAUCAAUUGGUCAACCUUUUUCUUUCCAUCAGUGUAGGUUGGACUCUGAUGAGACAUUCAGACCGUCUGCUUUGAAGCUGGUUCGAGGGGAGGCAUUGGUUAUGAAUUGUAUGUUGCAGCUCCCUCAUUUUAGUUACCGGGCACCCGAUUCGGUUGCUUCGUUUUUAUCCGGAGCCAAGACAUUGAACCCGAGGUUGAUAGCCAUGGUGGAAGAGGAGGUGGGCCCCAUUGGAGAUGGAGGGUUUGUGAGCCGGUUCAUGGACUCAUUGCACCACUACUCUGCCUUUUAUGAUUCUCUGGAGGCGGGUUUCCCGAUGCAGGGUCGGGCUCGCGCUCUAGUUGAGAGAGUGUUUUUGGGGCCCCGAAUUGCUGGGUCAUUGGCUCGGAUCUAUUCGGCGCGUGGAGAAGAGGGUAGCUCGUGGGGAGAAAGGUUGGCUGCGGUGGGGUUUCAGCCAAUCAAAAUAAGCUUUGCCAAUCAUUGCCAGGCGAAGCUUUUACUGGGGCUUUUCAAUGAUGGGUACAGGGUGGAGGAAUUGGCUAGCAACAGGCUUGUCCUAGGUUGGAAAUCUAGACGUUUACUAUCCGCCUCUAUUUGGACCUCUCCUUCUGACCCUGAUUUGUAAAUCGGUUGCUCCUCCCCUUUCACGGCUCUCCCCCCAACCUCCAAGCUGUCUUUUUUUGAACCUUCUCAGCCAAAAUGAACGAGAAUGUGCAGCGAUGUGUACUGAGCAUCAAUUUGUUGACUUGGUUUUAGGUUUUUUAGUUUAAGCGGCAUGUAAGAUAAAAAUAAGAAUAGCGACUUUAUGUUUGAGAAUUUUAAGAAUUCUGUCCACUGUGCUUUUUUUUUUUUUAAAAAAAAAAUAAGAACUCAAAAAUAAAAAGCAAUCGGUUUCGCUGUU